GUGUGUGUAUGGGGGGUGUAGGUGUGUGAGGAGCUCUCAGUGAAAGUAGGUGAAAGGGCUUUUCUGUCAGAGCCAGGCAAUGCAGAGCCCAGCAGAGCAGAGUGGAGCGGUGGAGAGGCGGAUCGAUGUGGGAAGAAGGAGGAGCAUCCAGAAGGUGGUGCUGUGCUCUGGAAAGCAUUACUAUGCCCCGCUGAAGCAGAGAGACGUCAGCAGCCGGCCAGAAGAUGGCGCUGGUCCAUGUGGAGGAGCUGUGUUCAUUUCCUGUCGAGCCUCUGCAGCAGGAGCUCAUAAAGUAUCUGAACACUAAAGAAUGAACUGGAGGUGACAUUUGGCAGUUCAAACACACAGUUCAAUGAAUGUUGUUAAACACCCAUCAAUGAUUUGUGUAAAGAAAUAAAAUAAUAGAGCAAGGAAAAUCUUUGACCACUGGCUUCAUUAAACCAAUGGGAAGUGUGUGCAGUUAUGGUCUCCCGCCAUCAGGAAGGUAAGAACAGCCUCCACUUCCUCCUAUUCUCCAUCUGUUUGCUUAUGGGAUUCCAGUCCAUCCUGCGGGCCUGACCGUUGGCAGUCCUCUCAGUCUCCGGCCAGCUGAUGCAAACAGUAACAACCUGUUACUUCAGCACCAGAGGAGCUUCAGGCUCAUCAUCAUCCUCUGCAGCCGAGGAUUAGAGUUACAGUGGAUCUCAGCCUCCAGCAGCAGCAGUGGACUCCCAUUUGCACACUUCUCAGAAACAAUGUUUCUCUUUGUAGGAACUAAAGUCACAGAGAGAAGGGAUGAACGCAGUUCUAUUUACCAGAGGAUUCGGGACCAUGAGGUGCUGGACAGGAGGAAGACGGUGACGGCUCUGAGGGCGGGAGAGGACAGAGCCAUCCUGCUGGGCCUCAGCAUGGUCUUCUUCUCUAUCAUGAUGUACUUCGUACUGGGCAUCACCAUCCUGCGCUCUUACUCUGACAGUGUGUGGACAGACGAGGAUAACUGCACCAUUGUGAACUCCACCAUAGUGUGGGAUGUAAACUGUUCAUACAGCUGUGGAGUCGAGUGCUGGAAGAGUUCCCGUUACCCCUGCCUUCAAGUGUUUGUCAGCCUGAACUCGUCAGGACGGCUGGUCCGAUUGCUGCACAAUGAGGAGACACACGACAGCAAUCCCGAGUGUUUCUACAUUCCAAAGUGUCAUAGGGACUAUGCUGCCACACAUGCCAUGGUUCAGGACAUUUCCCAGAGACUCAGGACUCAGCUUACAGUUCAGUGUUAUGUCGACCCAACAGAGAAGACAGACAGCGCCAUCAUGACCCAGAUUUAUGGUCGAAUUGCCGUCUUCCACUCUUUAUUCUGGCCAACCUGCUCUCUGAUCGGAGGAACCGUCAUCAUUGCCAUGGUGAAGCUGACCCAGUAUCUCUCCAUCAUGUGCGAAAGACUCAGCCACAUCAAAAGGUGAAGUGAAUGUAACAGAUUGAAGGUCAAAGACAAAUUGAGGUUGUUUUUUUUUCCCCCAUAGUAAAAUAAGGGAAGAAGCUGACUGUGGACUGCUGCUUCGUGAACGAAAGACAUUCAUGUCUUACAACCUCAAUGCAAACUACAGAAGAAGCAGACACACUUUUGGAAUGAAGUCUAUCUUAUCUUAUAUCUAUGUUAUAGACAAAGCUGCUUCUAUGUCAUAUAUAUUUGGUUUUCUAAGUUUUCUUUGAAAUUCACAACCAGUGGAUGCAAAUGGUGAGUACAGCUCAUUAACUGUAGUUAAAUUUCAACAGAUCUUGUAAAUAUUGUCCUUCUUCCCUGUUAUUUACAGACAUGCAUAUUAAUUAUUUUAGUUAACAUUAUUAAGAUGUCUUCCUACUAUGUACAAUGUACAUGUGAAUGGAUUGUUUAGUAUUGGAAAUUGUGGGUGCCUUUAAAGAAAACGAGUAUUUAAAUACAUUACUCAUGUAUUCAUAGUCACUGUCUAAGCUACACCUUGUGGAUGUGAGGGCUACAAAUAAAUAAUCCAGUAAAUGUCUACACUCCUAAUCAAACAAGAGGAAAGUUGCGUGUUUGUUGUACAGACCUCCAUAAAGUGCAAUUAACCAGACAAAAAUAUAUUAGCCACCAGUAAUCUCCACUCUUAUUGAAAGAUGUGCAGGUGGUAAAUUGAUUUGAUUGUAUUUUCUGACAGGCCAUGCAUAGUGCGCUGUUGUGCUAACACGCACGUCAAAUGAAUAUUUCUUUGAGCAGCACAUUUCAGCCACAGGGCAGCUCCAAGUGCUUUACAUGGUGAAAACACAAUGCAGUGAUAAAUUAUGGAACAAGCAAUAAACAUGACAUUUUGCCAAAUGUCACCAUCACAAAUAAUCAUCAUCAUCAGAAGAAGACUGGCUUUGUGUUUUUAAUGAGUAGCACUAACAGGUUUGGGUUUGAUGCUUACUGUCUCCUGACUCCAAAUGAACAAAACAAUGUUUGGUUUAAUGAUAUGUAGCUAAAGUAUACAUUGCAACGUUCAGCACAUGUGCAAAUUAAUUUUGUACAGGGACCUAUUUUAUUUUCUGACUGGUUGUUUUCAUUUUUAUUUCAGAUUUUACUACAUGUCACUCAUGUUGAUUAAGAGUUACUGUAAUCAAUGUAUCUUUUAAGUUUAAACUACUGGUGUAGCCUGUAAGAGUGGUGAUUAAUCAGUAACUAUAAAUAAAUGUUUAUUGCAUCUGGACAAUUUUAAAGAAACAAACACAAACUUUCUGAUGGGAUAUAAGUUUGUUUUGGCAGAAUUAAUCUGGGUUUAGAAAUGUGAAGUCUGCAAUUUGUUGCUGUAAAAUUAUUUGUUUACUUGUUGAUGCUACUUUUAAUCUUUUGUUGGUAUUUUUCUCAGUCACUAAAACGUCUAUUUUCAUCUGAAUGUUCUCUGUCUCACCGAAACAUGUCAAGCGUUGCGUUUUGCGAUGAAAUAGAUUGUCAGAGAAUUAUAUUUUAGAGCAAACUGAAUGUUCCAUUCAACGCUGAUUCAACAUUAACAUUUUUUCUUUAUGCUUUACAAUGUUACAUUUCUGUCCUAUUUUUUGAGCAAAGAUAAAGUAAAACAGCUAAUAAACAGACAGUCACACUAAAAAGGG